UGGAAGUAAAACUGUGCCAUCGGAUUUUGAAUUCUAAUUUUUAGCACUGAAUUUUUUUACAUCGAAUUUUUAAAACUGAAUUUUAUUUUGCACCUAAAUCAGACUUUGAAUUUUAAAAGCCAUCGAAUUUCUACCACUGUUUUUUUGCCUAUGACAUUUUAUUAAUAUUUUUAAAAAAUUCAGUGUAAAAAAAAUGCAACGUCUCAAAAAAGUCAGUGUAAAAAAAAAUCAACAUCUCAAAAGAUUCAAUGUAAAAAAAUUCGACGUCUCAAAAGAUUCAGUGUAAAAAAUUCAAUGUCUCAAAAGAUUCAGUGUAAAAAAAUUCAACGUCUCAAAAAAUUCAGUGCAAAAAAAUUCAACGUCUCAAAAAAUUCAGUGUAAAAAUGAUCAGAGUCAACAUCCGGGUAACCAAGGAAAAGCAAUCGAUCCCUGUAUCAAAUCGUUCAACAUCCAGCCAAUCAUUUACGCUCCAUUGGUCACGUGAUGCAGAAACUGGAAGGCGGUGAAGUUCAGGACAGGUGAACUCCGGUCAGCAGCAUGGCUCAGAACACGACAACAAAUGAUGGCGCUUCGGGUAGUCAGGCUGAUGAAAUUUUACAGUCAGCCAGGCAUUUACUGAAUUUAAUCAGUUCGUCUGAAAGACAACGGGGCGCAGCCAGUGGUGGAGUUACAAAUCAACUUCUGAGAGAACAGAGGCAUACGGAGAGACCAUCCAUUCAAGUGGAAAUGACCAGGUCCUUUCCAGGUGUUUUUACCAAGGCCAGAGGGAAGAGGCGCUUUCCUGCAGCAAAUCUUGUUCCUGCCAAGAGACUUAAACCACUUGAUGUGUCUUUCUAUUUGUUGCCAAAGCAGUGUGAAAAAACCCCAAAAGAGGAGGAGCAACUAGUCCAUAUGCAUGCAGGAUUGGGCCGUAGGACUGCUCAUCUAGAUGAGAGCACAACACAUGAAGAGUUAUGUGAUGCCCUUAAAGUUUUAUUUCCAAAAUUGGGGGCCGUGACUGGUGGGUGGCUGCUAUACAAAUCUGCAGGUGGAUGGGGUAGCCGAAAACUCUCUCUUGUGGCUCCUGAUGAGACUGGCUAUACAGGCAUGAUGUUGAAGUCUAUAAGUCGUGGGGGUAAAAGUCUAUUCAUAGCCCCAAUUCAAGAGGAACUCAGCACAAAUCCCCUACCACUAAAUGAUGAAGCAUUCAGUAGCAUGCCAAAAGCCACAUGUCAGAAAUGUGAAGUUGCAGUGCCUCUUCCACUCCUGACAGAACACCUUAAGUCUUGUGAUGUCAUGUAUGUUGGCAGUGACGAUAACAUGGCUAAUGAGGAAAGCAGUGAGCCUGAAGACAGAAAAUCAGAUAUGCAGGAAUGUCCUGUCUGCACAAAAAUGUUUCCUACUGACUUUAUUGAGGUACACGCUUCUUCGUGUGGUGAAAGGGAAGGAAAAGAGGUGAUGCAUGAAAGCACUGUAAUUGAGGAGGAGCAAGCAGCAAUGCCUGGACCAUCCGGAACUUGUGCAACUGCUACAGAUGACUGGCUAACUAUCAGUGACCCCACCCAGGCCAUAUUUCAGUGUGCGUACAGUUUUCGCCAAAUUUAUGAAACUGAGACCCCCUUAUUUCUUAGCAUGGACAUCCGAAGAAGCCCUGCUGAACAGGACAUGGCCCUAAUCUCCUUCUACAAGCGAACUAAUGUGGAAUGGGGACGGCCUCUGAAUUGCAGACUUGAAGGAGAUACUGCUAUUGGACAGGGUGUAACUCGCUUCUUUUUCUCAACAUGCAUGGAAAAACUGAAGUCAGGGUUUUGCAUCAAUUUUGCAAACUCAAAUAUUACACGGCUUUUUGAAGGAGAGCCUGGCCAUUUAGUCCCCUCAGCCUCUCACUUUCUUGUUGAAAGUGACCUGUUCAUGGUGGCGGGGAGAAUGGUAGGCCACUCCUUUCUACAUGGAGGACCAUGCCUGUCGGGACUCAGCCCUGCAGUUAUUCAUGUCUUGCUUGGUGGGAGUCCUGAAACUGCAACUGUUACAAUAGAGGACUGUCCAGACCUGGACAUCAGAGAAACAAUCGAGCUUCUUGAAGGGGGAUCCAUACUGUCAGAUAAGGAUAAACGGCGUGUCCAGGAUUUGGCCCUUGCCUGGGACCUCCCUUGCCUAACUGAGAAAAACAGGAGAUGGCUUUUUGAGAAGCUUUUGAUCCAUGCUGUAAUAGGACGUGUCACAAGGCAAAUUAAGCAGCUGAGACGAGGUCUUAAAGAAACCCCAAUGUGGACACUGAUGACCCAAAGACCUGACACAGUGGCCUUGCUUUUUCCGAAAGAGGGAGCAGGAAAUGUCAGCCCUGAGGUACUUCUUCAGCGACUCGUAUGGCCUCGUGAGAAUGGUGACGACGAUGAUGACGAUGAUUGUUCAGUUGACACCAAAUGCCGCAUUUCAGGCUAUCUUCGACAGUUCAUUGCUGAUGCAACACCAACUGAACUGACCAACCUGGUCAAAUUCUGGACUGGAUGGGAAAUUCUACCACAGAGUCUGUCUGUAGAAGUGGUCGAGGGCAAAUACCCCAUAGCCUCCACUUGCUUUGAGACCUUGCGCCUCCCAGGGCAUUACAAGGAUUAUGCAUCUUUUCAAUGUGACAUCCUGGCUUGUAUUUGCACUUGCCAUACAGGAUUUGGUCUUGUGUGAGUGACAUUUGCCUUGUAAGACAAGAUUUUACGUUAAAAUGUUUGUUUUAAGCUUUAGUUCUGUUAAAGGACCAGAUUUUAAGCUUGUUAGUUCUGUUAAAGGAACCGUUUUUAAGCUUGUCAGUUGUUCUGUUAAAAGACCUGUUGUAAACUCUCACACUCAAAAAAAAAAAAAAACUUCCUGAAUGUAUAAUGAAUAUUUUCACACUGUUAGUGAGAGUACUUUGCAAUAACCUUUGGCAACAAAUGGUUAGUUCAUUGAGGAACUCCUGUGAAGCCCUCGUAUAACCACUGAAAACCAGUAUUUUUUCCCCCAAUUUCCAUCUCAGGUUUGGGAAGAAACCUUAAUGUUCACAAUAACGCAUUGCUUUUUCCUGGUUUAAGUUUCUUUCACACGUUGUAAUGGUGACGGACAGCGAAAGGGCAAUAAAAAUAAAAGGUUAUGAAACGAUAA